CAGGCUGGCCUGAUGACAGCAGCAGAGAUGACUAGGCUGACAGCUGACUAGAGUGUUGGGGGGGUAGGGCCCCUCCUCACCACUCCUUUUAUUGGGCAUCCUGCUCAGCUACACACCCAGCUUCAUGCCAAGUCCUGCCCAGCCCUGUGGCAGUUUCGGGGAAGGGGCAUCCAAAAGGUGGAGCUGGGGAGGCUCCUUCCAUGCAGCUGACCUCUGGCCCUGAGGGAAACUGGAAACUGCCUCCAUGGGAUACAGUGAGGAUCAAAUUGGGCUGAAGGUCAUUUUCACCUGCCUAACUUUGAAUAGAAUGACAAAGGAGGAAGUUGUGACAAGUGUGGAGACAGAACAUCUAGCCCAGGCUGGCUUUAAACUCACUGUACAGCAAAAGUGACAUGGAACUUCAGAUCCUCCUGCCUGCACCUCGCCAGUUUUGGAAUCAGAAGCAUGUAUCUCCACGUCCAGAUUCUGUGGUGCAGGGAAGGAACCUAGGCUUUCCUGCCUGCUAGGUGCCUACUCUUCCUUGUACUGCAUGCCUCAGGUGCCCAGGGAGCAUGCUGACCUGUCUCUAUGAUUGCCCUCCCCGCUGGCCAGAGCCUGACUCAGAAGACUGGCAGGCAGUCUGGCCAUCAGACAGGCAGGCACGAAGUCCUCCUGAGUCAUAGAGCUACAACCCCACGGUGUUUGAGCGCUAUAACGCCACUCUGCAAAUGAAGGGUAAACCUGUGCGCCUCCAAAUCUGGGACACAGCCGGGCAAGAUGACUAUGACCGCCUCCGGCCCUUGUUCUAUCCUGAUGCCAAUGUCUUGCUCCUCUGCUUCGAUGUGACCAAUCCAAACAGUUUUGACAACGUCUCCAACCGGUGGUACCCAGAGGUGACCCAUUUCUGCAAGGGGGUGCCCAUUAUUGUUGUGGGCUGCAAGAUAGACCUGCGUAAGGACAAGGUGCUGGUGAACACACUUCGGAAGAAAAGACUGGAGCCGGUGACCUACCACAGGGGCCAUGAUAUGGCAAGGUCUGUGGGAGCAGUGGCCUAUCUCGAGUGUUCAGCUCGGCUCCAUGACAACGUGGAAGCCGUCUUCCAGGAAGCAGCUGAAGUGGCUCUCAGCAGUCGCAGUCAUAACUUCUGGCGGCGGAUUACCCAGAAUUUUUGCGUGGUCACCUGACUGGUUUGGAACUCACCUUGCCUUCCGAUUUACUCAGCUGGAGAAAGACCCAGGAGCAGACCUUCUACUCUGUUGACUGGGAUGGACCUAGUCCCCAGGCUGAACUGGUAGAACCACACAGCCACAGAUGGACUCCACUGAGGCCUGGCCCCUGGACAGAGGAAUCCUGGAUUGAGGAAGAGGGUUCCCAGACCCUUAGCUCUGGAACCAUUAACAGACUCCCUGUGCCCAAUCCUGGACCUGCAUCAUGAGUGGGAGGUCUGUGUGGUCUGAUUUGGCGCCACCUUGUGGCUAUUCUCUGAGUUAUAAUAUAUCUACAGGACCCAGGGUUCCUGAGACCAACCUGCCCAGGCUAACACGCUGCCCUGCCGUGUCCCUGAUCAUCCUCUUCAUCCCAUUGAUAAGUGUAACAACUAAAAUGGCAUCACUUGUU